CUCUUACCAAGUAUAUGUUCAGAUAUACAGUGUACAAUAUUCAGAAGUCUGAAAUAUUUUGAUAAUAACCGGCCGUGUUGCCGUGAUGAUGAUGCCGAUGCUGGUAGUUGGUGUCGUUACGAUUUAAUUUUUAUUAUAAUAUUCAGCGUGCACUUUGAUUUUUGGAUUUUAAUUGUCCGUGGUAAAAGUUUGUUUUAAUUAUUUGUCUGUGGUUUCAACUUAUGUUUUGAAUUAUUUCCAUUAUUUGAAUAUCUUUACAAUAUGACACUUUGAUUUUCAGUUCUUUAGUUUAACUUAAUUCUAAGAGCAACAUCAAAAUGAGUACACACGUUAAAGGAUCAUGUGUUGAUGUUUUGGAUUUUAAGUGUUCGGCAUUCUGCAAUCUUCGAGUUUUCAAUGAAGGACACCAAUUUGACACUUCUACUGCCAUGGUCAUCAGUUCUAAUCGAUUUGGAAUAACUGUUGUUGCUUCUCCCAAUCAGCUUUGCAUCAUUUCAAUGAAACAUGUUCGUCAUCUAGUUGGUGAUUUUGGUGUUGAAAAAAAUACAAUGACAAAUUUUUUAAGACGUGAAAUAGAAUUAGAUUAUACCCCGAACUUUUUAGACCUUAGUUGUGAUGAAGCAUAUAUAGCAGUUGCAGGAAUUUCAAAUUCAAAAACCUCAAUAACUAUUUACAAUUUUGAGGAUUUAAUUUCAAAAAAUUGCAUUUCUCCGUUAGCAUUUGUUGAGCUUACAGCUAUUCAGGAAUCACAUGUAAUAGACAUGUCAUGGAAUCCAGGUGUUCAAAAUUCUUUGGCAUGCUGUUUGUCCGAUGGAUCCUUGCAUAUUAUAGAGUUGAAAGAUGGUGGAAUGUAUAAUGUUGUCAGUUUACCACCACAAUCGAGUACACUAUGUUUGAGUUGGAGCCCUAAAGGAAAACAAAUAAUAAUUGGCAGUUCUAAUGGGUCUUUAACACAGUAUAAACCUGAACUCAAAGCUAUGAAGCAGUAUUUACCACCAACCGAUGUAACGGGAAAUGUAAAACCUAUUAAAAUAAAAUGGAUAUCAAAUUUUCAAUUUGCAGUUGUUUACGAUUUUGUGGAUAACACAGAUAAUCAAUUAAAUCUUUACAUUCUCAACACACCAAAAAAUGCACCAUUGGAAUUUAUUAACUUUGAACAAUAUGUUGUAAUGAAUUCUGAACAGUAUAGAUUAAAUCAAUAUUAUACAAUAUUUCAACAGAAUUGGAAUCUUCUAUUUGUAGCUUCUUCAAAUUGUACAGAAAUUGGUGUUAUGGGAAUAAAUAAUGAAAACCAAUGGCAAUGUUGGGUGUUAGAAACAAGACCAGAGUUACCAUACAGACUUGAUAAACAAGUGUAUCCUUUAGGAAUGUCAUUAGAUCUUUCUUCUCAAAUGCGAAUAAAACAAUUAUCUAAAUCAAAUGAAGAAAUAUUUCUUGAACCAAUGCCAGUAUUAUGUGUAUUAUCAAGUGAUGGCAUAUUAUUUAUGUAUCAUAUUGAAAAUCAGUUAACUGACUACAAAAAUAUUUGUAAACCACCUACAGAAAUAUCAGAUAAUAUAGUCUCUCAGUUAUUUACUACCAAUUCUAAAAUAAAUAAUAUUGAAGAAAUUGAACAAAAUGUGGCUGAAAUAGUAGAAACAAUAGAUGUUGUUGAUGAAAAAGCCAGAGGAGAUCAUAAUGAAUCGGUGCUUGCAAGCUAUUUAGAAACAUCAACUACUUCACAAGUUGAACAACCACAAUUGGAUACACCAACAAUUUCAGUAGUCAAACCAAAUGUUUCCGAAGUGUAUACUGAAACUGUUACACCUGUACAAAAUACUCUAAAUCAAACAAAUCCUGAUAAAAAUACUUCAACAGAUGAAACUAUAAGUCAAGUUAUGUUAAAAGAAUUGUUGGAAGAUGUACAAAUUUUCCAAUUACAAUUAGAGGAUAUCUUGAAAUUAUCAUUAAAUACUAGUAAGCUUAAGAUCGGCAAUGAAAAAGAUAAAGAAGUACUUAUGAAAAAAUGGACAUCAUUGGACUCGUUUUUCAAAGAAUUGAACGAAACCAAUCGCUCACAGUGGGUGGAAAGUAAAGCUCUUCAAAAAGCAGUGUUAGAUUCUAUUGCUUGGGUCGAAGACUCAAAAUCUCGUAUAUUCUUUUUAAAAAAUCCAAAAUUUAAAUGUCUAUUGAGAAAUGAUAGCGAUGAACCAUUUAGUAAAACACUUUUUGACAAUAUAGAACGUACAUUAUACUACAUUGAAACUCAAUUAACACAUGUUGAUGAUCAAUUGAAAGCUAGAUAUGAUAGUUAUAAUCCAAAUAAUAAGGAGUUGAAAAUACCUUGUUUGGAAACUAUAUAUAAAUCAUUGGUCGUAAAUACAAAUAUAGUGAAUAAACUAAAGGAAAAAAUUAAUUUUCUAUAUAAUACAGUAGAAGAAAUGAAAUAUAGAACAUUUAAAAAAUUGUCGUUAGCACCUGAUGUUGUGCAAAAUACUUCUAAAUUAAACGAGUCUCGUGAUGUUGGCUUAUCAAAACUUUCAGAACAGUUAUUAAAAAUUACUUUAGACAAAGACGGAGUGUCUGCUAUUAACUCAUAUAAUGUUGCAAAAAAGUACUCUGUAUUGUCGGCAAAUCAAAGAGCUCUUUCAGAUUCCAAAGUUAAUAAACUUCAAGAAUGGUUGAAAGAUUUUAAAACAAGGCGCACAAAAAUAACUAGAUCUCAAUAUGCAAAUAUAGAUCUUAGUAGACCUGUGUGUAGCACACCUUUAAAACCGGUAUCAAAACCAAAAAUGCAUGAAAAAAAAAAUGAUUGCAUACCUUUUGUGACAAAAGAUAGUUUUGUGUCUAAUUUACCACAACCGUCUACAUUAUUGAGCAAAAACUAUAAUGCUAAUGAACAGAAUGUCACAAAUAAUAAUUUACAAUCAACAUCGCAGCUUGAUUUGACACAAUUCCAAAAGCCUUUAAUAAUACCAACCACACAACAAAUAAAUGGAGUAACCCCAAUAACUGUAGCUACUUUUACUCCAGGAAUUUCAUUGGGGUCUAAACCUUUGCUUACAAAUACUGUCUGGAAUCCAAUGGAUAAUUCAUCAACUCCUAAGCCAGUUGCACCGAAUGAUUUCUCAAAUAAAUUUGAUUAUAAGGCUUUCACUAAAGACCCAAUUGUUUUUAGCUCUGUCAAUCCAUUGUUUGCUAAUAAUGUGACUAGUACUGCAGUUUCUACUAAAGAUCCUGUAGAUUUUAGUUUAAAAUCAUUAACGGCUACGCCUAUAAAUUUCAGUAGUUCUAGUAAUUUGGUGUCCAAUAAGUCUACUUUAGAUAUUAUUUCAGGAACAACAGAAGCAAAAGAAAAAAUGCCAUUUAAUUUUUCCCAAGUAUCUACAGCAAAAUCAGAAACAACUGUACAAAAAUCUACCGGUACUGUGAACUUUGAUUUUGCUGAUUCUAUUAAAAAUAAAAUGGACAAACCAAAUGAUAAACCGUUAAGUUUUGAAACACCAAAACCCUCAGAAUCUUCAAGUAUAUUUUCUGGAUUUGGUGCUGAAAUUAUAUCAAAGAAUAAACAAGAAACAGUUCCAGAAAAAGAUGCAACAUUUACUACAUUUAAGUUUAGUUCAAAACCAACAAACCCGGAUACAGCAUCAUUUUCAACAUUCAGUUUUAACACAUCCAAAGAUAGUGUUUUAAAAACUACAGAAUCAGAAACCAAAUCCUCUUUUACUUCCUUACCAACUACCACAGUGACAGCGUCGUUUAAUUUUUCAAACCCACCAAAAACAGUUCCUAUAGUUAGUGAGCCAUUAGAAUCCUCCACAGUAUCGUCCAGCUUUGGAACUGUUAAAACUGCACUUGAUUUUAGUGCUAUAUCAACAACUGUAGAAAGCAGUGUUACUGAAACCACUUCCCAAGUCUCUGAAAGUCCAACUCCUAUUAUAUCUGAACCAAUUACUCCAGAAAAUGAAGAGUCUCCGAAAUUUCCUGUUACUUCAAGCAGUUCACAAAUUUUUGAAAUCCCAACAACAAAUAUUUCAAUGUUUGGUAUGCCAAACAACUCAACAAGUACUACAAGUAUUUUUGGAAAUUCAACUAUCACAACAAGCCAAGCAUCAAUUUUCAGCACUCCCACAAACAAAACUAGUGCUCCUUCAAUUUUCAGUACACCUACAAUUACAGAUAGUGCCCCUUCAAUUUUUAAUACGCCUACAAAUACAACUUGUGCCCCUUCAAUUUUCAGUACUCCUACGAGUACUUCUAUUGCUCCUUCCAUUUUUGGUGCUACUACGAGUACAACUAAUGUUUCUUCAAUAUUUGGAUCACCAAGCAAUACAAGUAUGGCACCUUCAAUUUUUGGUGCCUCGUCUACUACAACCUCAUCAUCAAUCUUUGGAAACCCAAUUAAAAGUACUCCGUCUAUAUUUGGUACACCAUCUACAACUACCGUGUCUUCUAUGUUUGGAUCGGUUACAACAACAAAUACUACAAGUGGUUUUGGAUCUCCAGCUCAGACAACAACGUUUGGUGCUCCUGUUACAACAACUUCUUCAAUAUUUGGUAAUCCAGCUGCUCCUGCUACAACAAGUUCUUCAAUAUUUGGUAAUCCCGCCAACCCUGCUACAACAAGUUCUUCAAUAUUUGGUAAUCCAUCUGCUCCUGCAUCAUCCGGUUCAAUAUUCGGUUCAGCAUCCACAAACACGUCAUCUGUUUUUGGAGCGCCAGUUACAACUAGUACAACAUCGUCUAUUUUUGGGUCUCCUUCAACAACAGCUGCAUCUAGUGGAUUAUUCGGAUCAGUAGCUGCUGCAGCUAACCAAUCAUCAUUUGGUCAACCUUCAUUAGGAUUUAGUUCUCCUGGAUCAGCAUUUGGCAAUAUGUCUCUUUUUGGCCAAUCAGCAUGUAAUCCAUCUCAACCAGCAAAUAGCUUUGCCCCAGCUGCCAAUCCUUUUGCUGUUAACAAAACUCCUUCAAGUACACCAUCAUUGUUUUCUAACCAAAAAUCAGUAUUUGGCCAACCAGCUGCAAGUACACCCAAUACAGGUUUCGGAGUACCAAAUUCUGGAUUUGGUGCUACUGCCAGUACUGGAUUUGGUAGUCCUGCUAUGGUUGGUCAAUCAAAUAAUUUAGGUUUUGGAUCUCCGCCCAUGUUUGGUAGUAUGGGAACUACUUAUGAAAAAUCAUCGGGUUUUAAUCAAACACCUGUGUUUGGAGGAGCUGCAACCUUUGGAUCAACAGCUCCAACAUUUGGACAAAACGCUGGGAAUUUUGGAUUUGGUUCAGCUGCUCAACAACCAUCGACUGCAUUUGCUUCUCUUGCGACUCAAAACACAUCCCCAAGCUUUGGUAAUAUAGCGCAAAAUCAAAACACUGGUUUUGUGUCUCCGACCACUCCAGGAUUUGGUCAACCACAACAAACAAGCCCAUUUAAACCCCAAGGAGCUACAUUUGGGGGAACUUCAUUUAGUUCUUGGCGCUAAGGAUAAAAAUCUAACACC